AUGCAUAUCCGCUCUCUCGCCUCUCUGGCCUUCGUGGCCUUCGCCGCCCAGGCAUUCGCCCAGCAGACCAAGGUCUUCAAGCGCAGCAUCACCACGGGAAGGGAUUUGGGCUUCAUGCGCCGCGCCGAUGGCGGCUACCAGCCCGAAGAUGAGGUGUGCAACAAGGGCGGUAACACCUGCUCCGAGGCCUGCGGCGGUGGAUACCAGCAGUGCAAGUCUACUGACCAGGCCGUACACUGCUAUGACCCGACCGCUGGCGAGACUUGCUGUUCUACCACGACCGGAAACUCCUGCUUGACCUCUUUCUACUGCACUCAUGACACCAAGACCGAGACCUUCUGCUGUCCCAAUGGCAUGAACCUCGGCGAUUGCGCGACCAAGCACGGCGUCACUGGCCCACUCACUUCGGACGUCCCCAUUCCCACCACCACCUCGGUGCCGUCCACCAGCAAAAGCAGCACCGUGCCCCCGACCACCAGCAGCUCAGCGCCGCCAACCACGACCUCUUCUUCCCUUGUCGCUACCACCACAUCCACCUUCAUCUCCACCUCCACCACAUCGGAGGCUCCCAGCACCACUAUCGUCUCCACCAGCUUUUCCCCCAGCGCAGGCACCAGCACUGCCUUCUCAGCGAGCAAUGGUACCACCCUGGCCACGGCGUCCACCCGCACCAGCGCAAGGGGCACCCUCUUCCCUUCGGCGGCCGCCACAACCGCGGCAGCAUCCGGCGAGAACGCCGGAAGCAGCAACGGACCGGCCGGCAUGGCCGUCAUCCUCGGUGCCGCUUUUGUUGCUGCUCUGUUCUGA